GGUGUGUUACCUAACCCGUCGUCCGUCGCCGUGUGACGCCCCGGCGGUACGGGAAACAUGGCGUCCCCGUGGCUCAGGCAGUGCAGGCGGUGGAGCACGAAGUGUACCGGCGCCGGGCUACUGGAGACCUUGAGGCGCGUCAACGGCCGGUCGGCGUCGUUCUCCGCGGCCUCCCUCUGGCGGACGCCGCGGAGCCCCGGGCCGGGGAGCGAGGGGCAGCAAUCGGCUUUACCGACACAGAUGCAACCAAAUACCUUUAACUCCAUCAGAUAUCUACCCAGGCGCAGUCCGCGGCUGCUGAAUCCGACCCUGCAGUCCUGCGGGUGCAGACGCAGCGCGCACACCGACGUGAAGCUAAAGGACCCCUUCACGUUAGCGCAGAAAGAUUUAACUAACUUAUACGAUGACAUCAGAAAGGAGCUGUUCGUAUCCAAAGAGGAGCUGAAGGUGCUGUGUGACUACUACUUCGAUGGCAAGGGGAAGGCCAUCCGGCCGAUGAUUGUUGUCCUCAUGGCCCGGGCACUCAACGCUCACAGCAACAGAUCCGGCGAUCUGCUGCCGGGGCAGAGGACCAUAGCGAUGAUCGCAGAAAUGAUCCACACCGCCAGCCUGGUGCACGACGACGUCAUAGACGGAUCAGAUAAACGGCGGGGAAAGAGAACCAUCAACGAGGUGUGGGGGGAAAAAAAGGCCAUCUUAGCCGGAGAUUUCAUCCUUUCAACGGCCUCCAUGGCCAUGGCUCGCAUUGGUGACAACACGGUCGUCAAGGUGAUGUCUCAGAUCAUGGAGGAUCUGGUGCGAGGGGAGUUCAUGCAGCUCGGCUCCAAGGAGAACGAGAACGAGCGAUUCAAACACUACCUGGAGAAAACCUUCAAGAAGACGGCGAGUCUAAUUGCAAACAGUUGUAAAGCAGUGUGCGUUCAGGUCACCUCUGAUCCUAAGGUUCAUGAAAUAGCCUACAAGUACGGGGAGAACGUUGGCAUCGCGUUUCAGCUGGUGGACGACGUGUUGGACUUCACAUCAGGAGCCAGUCACCUGGGGAAGCCCUCGGCUGUGGACCUCAAACUGGGCCUGGCCACUGGGCCGGUCCUCUUCGCCUGUCAACAGUUCCCUGAGCUCCAUUCGUUGAUCAUGAGACGCUUCAGCUCUGAAGGAGACAUCGAUCGAGCCUGGCAGUACGUCCUUCAGAGUGACGGCGUGCAGCAGACCCAAUUCCUGGCCCAGCGCUACUGUCAAGAAGCCAUCCGGCAGGUCAGCAUGCUGAGGCCGUCGGAGGAGCGAGACGCCCUCAUCAGGCUCACUGAGAUGGUGCUGACGAGGGACAAGUGAGGCUCCUCCGUCAGGCUGCGCCUCAGGCAGCUACCUGUGAACAGAGCAGCUCCCCACCAACUCGGGCGUUCACGCCGACUCAGCGUCAGAGGAAGAAAGGGUUGAUUUAAGAACAAUGGGAGUUUGGUUCAUAAGGAUCCCCGGUGCUGACUUGGUACAUACCAUAUUUAAAUAUAUAUAAAUACUGAUUUUAGUGCACAUCUGGAUUCAGGUUUCCUGAACGGCGACCGUGGUAAUCGUUUUGGGGGGGGGGGCAAAUGUUCUGAACUUAAAUGAAUGGCUGAGACUGAAAACUGCACUCACUCUUCACCCGAUUGAGUAAUGUGAUGUUGCGAGUCUGUCACGUGCCGGCGUUGUAAAAUGAGUGUAAUUCGAAACGCGGCAGAUGACAAAUCGGCGCGUCUGUUUGGGCCGACGUCAUUGUUUAAGAAACGUCCACACUCCCAACAGCCGUGCGUCUUCAUGUGCCACUUAAUCAAAGUGCCCUGAAACAACUACAGGCCUCAUCAUCCUCAAGGACUGUGUGAUCAAUAAACCCACAAUCAUGCUUUUUUUCAA